GAAAUUCGAUGCAUUGAAUACCAAUCGUCGUGCUGAUAUAGACACUGUCGGUGAAGAAAAGUGAUGCUGAUAAAAAACGCUCCAUCUCUAUCCCCCCACUUUCCCACUCAGGAUCCCAUUUAACUAUGUUGUAUCUCGAUAUUUCUGAAGAUUUUGGUUUUUUCUAUUUGAUUUCCUGCGCAUAUACUUUCUACAUUUUGUUCAACACGGCGAGACUACUAAGACAACUAGAGUUGUGAAGAUGUUAUGAGUUUAUAAUUUUCAUCCCGGAGUAGAUCAAAUAAUUAGCCUUGGUGUGUCAUUUAUUUUCGCAGUCGCAGUGCCACCACCAUCACGACCAUCAACCCGAACGUAACAACCUGAACUCGCGCUCGCCAGCACCGAAAACGACCAACGGAGCAGCAUAAGAAUCUCGAUCUCUCCAAUAAUCACAGUACAACGACAGGACCUCCGCAGCUUGUACGACACUGCUCGGAGAGCAGUGCACAAGAAAUAUAAGUGGAAUCCCUGACGCGGGGAAGAAAUCACGUCCUCGUGCGGAUUCAUCACGGUGGAGUCGCAACUACAAGUUGUGGCCCUCGAUGCGUGACAACGAAGUAGAACACCUGCAACUUCCACGUCGCAAAUCCACUACGUUGUCCAUCCAACUUCGAAAAGUUUAUGAUGCGGGCUCGGAGAUGAGGAUGAAGUUGAACAUGAAGAUGAAGAACCAGUGGCAGGAACAUCAAGAACAUGUGGACCACGGUCGUGGCCUAAUUCGCGGUUCUUGGUAGACGAGAGUGAGAAGUGUACUGGGUUGUUCUGCAAACAAAACCUUUAAUUAUUCUAUCUCCUGAUAUGUUCACCAUCUCCUCCUCGUCGACCACAAGUUUAGUACACUACAAAGUAUGUCGGCCUCCUUCCCGAAACCGAAUCGCAGCAAAGGACACCCGCCUCAGGUGCACAACUUUUACCCAGGCACGGUGCUGGGUGGUGGAACAGCGCCACCACCACACGGUGCCGGGUCCACCCCAACAUCGGGGAACAACACUAUAGCUUCACCGAAAACAUCAAUAAUAUUGGGCGAAGGUGUAGUAGGUGUUGGUCCUGGUCCUGGUCAGAAGCAGAAGACGGCUGAAAAAUUAUCGAAGCAGGUCGCGAACAUCAAACAAGGUGAAAACAAGAAGAGGAACCUAGCCGCCAGUAGCACGGCGUCUUUCCCGUCUUCUGCUUUUCCCGAAGUAAAUCAAGCUCAAGCUUCUUCAUCCGAAAUAAGUAGGUCAGAGUACAACAACAUCAACUCGAACGCGAUAAUAUCCGGCAGCAACUACAACAACAGCAUCGGCCAGCAGGUGCCACCGAGCCAAUCAUCGUACGGAGCAGGAGCUAGCUCGUCUAUUGUCUAUGGCCCGCCGUCUAGUCAACAUUCUGGCGUCGGAGUAGGAGGUGGUCCAGCGGGGGCUCCACCUAUAAUUCUUGCGGGCUACGAUUCCAAUAUAAGUAGUUACGGGCGGCGGGCGGGGCAGGAACACCACAAGAGCGGCAGCAUGAACAAACGAACGGUAAACUACAAAGGAGGUACGAGUACUACGACUAGCGCAGGAGCAGGAACAACUACUACAACAUCGGGCGGCGGGUUACUGCAAAAGGCCUCAACAGGCGACUUCGGUUCUUCGUCUUCAGGAAUAAACAAAAGCGCGCCUUCUUUACCUUCUUCGUCCGCGGUGGCUGCUAGUACAACUGGAGACACUGGGUCGUCGGAAUUUAUUAUGUCAACUGGCGUAGUUGGUCCAGCUCCAGCGAACCUUCACAACUACAACGGCGCAAGCGGCCCCAGUAUGAUAUUAACGACAGCAGCACCACAGCAAGACCAAAGAUAUUACAACUACAGUGGCACGACAAACAGCGACAAGACAGCAGCCGCCAGGCAGUCGGCUGCGCAGAGCACGGGAGCCGCGAGUUGGUCUUAUCACGGAGGGGUUCAUACAGCUUAUGACGAGAAUGAGGACGCUGCUGGAGAACAAGAUCUAGAGGACAAGCAGCAAUCUGGACUUGUGUUCUACAGUACUGCGAACGAUCAGACUAGUAACACACAACUAGGGCCAUCUCUAUCAACUACAGACCAUCUGCACAACAUCUCGUCCGGGUUGGCAAAAAAUUCCUCUAGAAUAGACAACAACUUUCAGCUUGUUCACAAUUUAUCCGCCGAGCAGGAACAAACAGCGCAAGAUGAACCACAGCUGUUGAUGAUUCCCGAGCCCUCUACCGCUCCCUACUCGCAGUGGGGGGAUAAUUUCGAUCUUCUUCACGACAGGGACACGACGAAUAACAGUAGUGGGAUCUACUCAACAUCUGGACGACCAGAAGCCUUGAUGUUGUCCUCGGCCACGUCGAGCGCGGCUUUUUACCCGGCGGCGAAUCAUGUGCAGCAGCAUGUGCUGGUAAAGAAGCAAUUUCAACAUCCUGCAGCAGGAGCUGUGCCCGGAGGUGGAGUGGGAGCUGCUACUGGUACUGCUCCUGCCGGUAAUUUCGCGUACCACUACGGACCGCCGUCUUCCCCCAUGUCCAUGAAUUACACAGCGCUGCAGCAACAACGGCAUCUUCGUGCUGCAGGAACUUCUUUUACCGCUGGCAAAAAGCUGAAGCAGACGAGAUUCAACAACUAUUCCGUCGCCAGCGCCCUAUCCGCGGCCGGGGAGGGGAGUGUGAGCGAAGAAAGCCUGCUGAAUGGGGUCGCUGUGCCUUCCUCUCCCUCCGGCGAGCAGAUGAUGAUGUUGAGGGGACAGAAUAAUUACAACAAUCAUGCGCCACAGACCGCGACGAGUCCUCAGAGUGGUCCUCGUUCUACGAACAAAAGCCAAAACUCCACCAUCCCCUCGAGUCUGAGCAUAUCAAAUGCAAAAAUGUCUGGGUCUGGAAGAGCAAGAGUCCGAAAUUUCCUAUGCUGUUUUUGCAUGACACAGAAUGUCUGUCAUGGAAGCCCUAGCAUUACAGAUCUUUAGAGGCCUUCCUGAUACCUAUUCCCCAUGACAAAUGCCCUCCACGCGUAGCACAAACCGGACUCCUUUUGCUGGUCAUGCAAUACAGAACUUUUUAGAGUCCAAAGUUAGCAUCACAAGUUCCAACCUUCCAGACCCAGACAUUUUUUGCAAUGCAUAGAGCAGCGGGCAGAGCAAUCUGGCGUCGGGAGCCAGCAGUGGUGCGCCGACCUCCGGGGCAGCUGGUGCACGGGGAGGACAACAUCGUCUACACCAGAAACAAGUUUUUCCCACCAACGGCCCUGAUUUGUUCGGACUGAACAACUCGCAGCCGCAGACCGGGGGACACCAGUUUUCCGCCAAGGCGCUGCGGCAUUUUUACGACAUAUCAAGUGCAAACAUUUCUGGGUCUGGAAGAGUGGAACUUGUAAUGCUGUCUGCGGAUUCUAUGAAUAUUUGUGUUGCAGCAUGAGCAGCAAGAGGAGUCCAGUUCUUGGCCCGCGGAGCGGGCAUUUCUCAUGCGCAAUUAGCAUCAAGAAGCUCUCAAAAAAUCUGUAAUGCUAGCGCCAGCAUCACGGACCUCACGGGUCAUGCAAAAUGUGCAUGACAAGCCACGACUCUUCCAGACCCAGACAUUUUUGCAUUUGAUACGACACGUGGGGAGACAAAAUCCUGUUCAGCCAAAAUUCCGGGUACAACGAGCGGAACCAGUAUUUGCUACUGCAGACCAUGUAUGCAUUGCAAAAGUAACGUUCUUACUAGUAUAAAUUGCAAUACAAAUUCCAUCAGCAUGAGAAAUAAAAUUUGUCAUGCGGAUUCACUUUAAGAAAGAAACUUGUAAUGUAUGACUGCAAUUAGAUACUACGAAUACGAUACUUUUGCACAGGAUACCAUGUACCCGUCCAACCUUCUGAAAUCCCCGCAGUUUUCCCAGAACACGCCCUUCUCCGGGCUGGCGCAGUGGUACAUGAACGCGGAUAUGCCGGCGGCGUUCGACGGAACUAACGCGAGCUCGAUGCGGAUUACGGUGGAGCUCCUUCACCACAUGCGAUUCUCGCAGGAGCUCCUGGUCUCCAAACAGGCGGUGUAUGAGAAGUUGAACGAACUAGAGCGAUUGUCGAAGCUGCGGAACUAUGGAUUGCAAAUAUGUCUGGGUCUGGAAGAGUGCAAGUUUGUCAUGCUUGUCUGGCAUGACAGAAGAGUUUGUGAUGCGUGUCGAAGAAGAGACCCUCUUGUUGCUUGUCAUGCAAUAAAACGCAACUUGUCACACGGAAAGCGCAACACUAAGCAGCGCAAAUAUUUUUCAUGCUUGGCUGUGCAUUGCAGAGCAUUCACUAUUCACAACUCAGCAUUACAAGUUUCCAGACCCAGACAUAUUUGCAUUUGAUAGCAACUACGGGUACUGGCGCGAACCCAUCGCACUGGAGCCGUGGAUGCUCCGUGGGGUGGAUUUCGAUGUCAAAAACGCCGCCUUAAUGCCCAAGUACGACCGGGACUACACGAACAUCAAUCGAACGUCCGUCCAGCUUUUCUACAUGGUCUCCCAGAUCCUCCGCACGGAGUUUCUGAAGGUUGCGGAGCCGAGCUCAGGGGAUAUCUUGGAAGCGGCGCGGCACGUCAUCGAAAAUCCGGACGCGCUGAACCAGCAACAGCUGAAGCUCGCGACGAAAAAGGCGCAACCAAUGAUCGGGGCCUUAUUGAACAAACAGUGGAUGCGACUCGACCCCCUCUGGCAGCUGCAGUGCUACCAUUUUUACAGCUCUCUGCCCACGACGGACAAGAUCAAGCAGCUGAAACGGGAGAACAAAUGCACUGAAGAAGACCAGUGGAGAAAAGCGCACCGGUGGCGCAUGUUGACCUCCUGUGUCUACAAGUGCGUGAACAACGCGGAUUUCCGGUUGAACGACUUGCAGCAGUGCGGCAUCAUCGAAGCUCUGGCGCGGGAAACGCAGCUGCCCGGGGAAGGGGAGGCGCUGGCGCAAGAGUUCAACCGCUAUUAUAACAGGAAUAGUGCAGGGGGUGAUGCUGGUGAUCAUUAUGACCACCAGCAGUAUGCGACGAAAUCUAGGCAGUCUAUGUUCCGGAAGAUGAUGCAAUUCAGAAUCUCGCCGCAACAGGUAGCGGCAGGUGGUACGACGACGACUUAUGGAAACAAAGGUGGCGGCGCUGGUGCUGCAACUUCAGACCCGACGUCGAAAAAGGUCUACAACAUCAUCUCCAUUGAUGAUUUUUACAAGGCGGCUUGUUCCGCGUCCCGGCUCACCGACGCGUUUGAAGCGGGCGCCAAUCGGAGUCGCAUCCACAAAAUGAUGGCUUUGUCGGAGAAAGAGCUGAAGACGUCCAUGAAGUACUCCAUGCAGCAGCAGCAGUACAUUCACCAAACUUCUUCCAACAGCUACAACCCGAAGCACGAGUGCAAGUUCUUGUCAGACGGCGGAGCGUCCACGCCGGACCACGGCAAAGCUCUCUUCGACAGCGUGCAAAUCCUCACGUACGACGCCGAGUCUAACCGCGUGAAUUUAAACCCGAUUUUCGGCGACGCGCUGGGUGCGGGUUGCGACAACAACCUCCAGAUCAACAACUUCCAGGUGUUACGGCUCUAUAACAGCAGCUCUGCGCUGACAAAUGCCGCUGAUUCUUCCCUGCACCAAAACGAGAAACUGUUCGUCUCUUUCGUGUAUCAAAUGUAAAAAUGUCUGGGUCUGGAAACUUGUGAUGCAGGGUGGGGUCUCAUGAUGAGGCCACAAUUGCUGGCCCAGCAUGACAUGUUCCUGAGCUUCUACGUGUUGCCUAUUCUGCAUGACAAACUGCGUUUCUGCAUCACAGAAAAGUGGGGCUCUUGGGUAACGUGCAUGACAGAUUUAAGAGUCAUGCCAGACAAGCAUGACAAACAUGCAUUCUUCCAGACCCAGACAUUUUUGCAUUUGAUAUCGUGACGGUCCGCGACCAGGCCCCGCCGGAGGGGUGUGGGAUGUGGUAUUACGUCACUUACUAUCAAAUGCAGAUAUGUCUGAGUCUGGAUGAGAAUGGAAAUGUUUGUCAUGCGUUUUGUGAAUGACACAGAUGGUCUUUAAUGCGCGCAACAGCAUUACAGGUUUUGCGCAGGCCUUUUGAUGCCUGUUUCGCAUGAGAAAUUUCCUGCUUGCGUAGCAAAAGACGGGCAGCUUUUGGCGUUCAAGCAACACAAAUUCAUGGGUUGUCCAGACCAUGCAUCACAAGUUGGAACUCGUCUUCCAGACACAGACAUGUUUGCGGUUGAUACUUACGUCUGGGUGAUGCAGCACCGGCUAAUCCAGAAAUUCAUGAAGUGGGUGGGGCAAUCGCCGAUCCGCUGCUGUCCGCUGAGCUCGCGACAGCGGACGGUGAAUAACGUAUUUGUCUAUGGGCUGAGCGGGCUCUUGACGUUAGGAGAGAUCACCGGCAUUCUGUUCGGGCUGUACUUCAUGUUUCAAGAGUGCAUGCCCGAGGCAGAGGCCUUGGAGGCGUGGCUGAUCGUGAUUUACAUCGUGUCCGGUUUGGCGGUGUUGACCGGCAUCAUGGUGGUUUCCUUCUGUCUAGUCAGCCGAAGAGGCGGGAUGCACUCCAGUGACCCGGUGACCCAAAUGAUCGACGUGCUGUAUUCUGGUAGUCAGUUCGGCUUCAAAAUGGUCGCGAACUCGGAUGCGAUCGCCGCCGCAAUUCGCUUAACGCACAAGUACCACGGGAUGCAAAACAUGAUGGAUUCUCAUCUCUCGAUCGAGAACUCGGAGUUGCUCGGAAUCGAUCCCCGCAGGCCGAACCCGUAUUGGGUGGAAGCGAUCUUCAACCCAAUCACCGGCUUUUUCGAGUGCGAAUUCGAGUAUGACGGGAAAAUCUCCACGUUCGCCUUCUGGCCGACGCUAACGGGAUACAGUCUGCGAAACAUGGUUUCCACCGACGUGUUUCUGGCCAGGGAAGACAUGCUGGCAACACCUGUACACCAUCACGCACCUCACCAGCCGGCGAAGCAGAGCUCCCAGCUGGGAGCUGCACCUUCACAUCAGGCAGUGGGGACGAUGCCGCAUGCGCAACCGCAACAAGAAGGCCUUUCAACACAAAAACCCACGAGGCCGCACGACACCGAGAAACAGCAAAUCGACCAGGGUCAGCGAGAGAUGCCCACCAAGGAUCACGACGGAUAUAUUGUAGAGAACGACAAUUCCAUGGAGGCCAUGAUGGGGUAUUUCUUAGACAACCAGUAUGGAUUGCAAAUAUGUCUGGGUCUGGAAAGUUGGAACUUGUAUUGCUGCUCUUACAUUCCUGUGAAAUCUGUACUGCGUGACCAUAACAAAAGUCGCAGCCUCUACUCUUGUCAUACGCGAACGCAGCCUCUCAUGCGGACUGCGUAUGAGAACAAAACGUUCUGCAAACUUGUCAUGCUUUCCUGCAUAAGGAAGGGCUCUCUACUUGAUGCACAUUUUAGCAUCAGAAAUUUCCAGUAGACCCUGAAAUAUUUGCAUUUGAUAACCACGAGGACGAAGCGAUUCACACGGGGAAACAGAAGGUUGAAACCCUUAUGGUCGACGACCCAGAUCUCGCGAUGAAACACUUGAAAGCGGGCGGAGAUGAGGACUUCGCCUCACUAAACAACUUCGGUGCAGCUGGUGGUCUUGCUAUCAAUCCAACAGAGAUCAGUAGGUUCAACAUGCGGCGCAUGGCGAGUUCGAUGCGGUUCACGACGCAGCCAACGCGGGCCAUGACAACUAGGAGCUCGCUGGACAGAAAUAGUAACGGGUCUUCGGUUGAUGUACCAGCAUCUACCGCAGAUAAUAUGUUUCUCCCUGCAGUCCCAGAAGGGGAAUACGAAAGACCGCUGACCAUGCGAGGAGAUUCGACAAGACGAGAAAGCGCUGGGGGCUUACUGCAGUCUUCGCGCCGAGGAGGAGGAGGGUCUAUUUCUACUAGGAACUACCCUGCAAGAAGUAGGAGUGGCGCUACUUCUAGGUUUUCAUCUUCCUCAGGAGCCCUGCAAGAAGACGCUCUUUACGACCACGGGAAACGCCCGAAUCAGUCCUGGUUCCAGCACUUCUACUCCGCUCUGCAGGCCCGGAGCACCGCCAUCCAACUAGAGCAAGAGGCGGCGACUCCCGCGACCAUUACGGAUUACAGCUCCAACAGCAGCGAAUACUCCGCUUCGGGGGUCUUGGAAAGAGCGGGGUAUGGGCGGUUGUCGUCGUCUACAGCGACAGGUACUUCUGCUUCCAGCGCCGCAUCGGCCUCCGCCUCAGAGGCAGACUUUAACAGUAGGUCUUAUCAGAACUACCAGCAGAACUUCUACCCUUACUCCUCUCCUCUCAACGACGGGACCACGACCAGUUUCCGGCCGAGUUGGCACGACCAUUAUGAAACCGUAGAAGAAUACGAUGCGGAUCAGGGCUGGUAUAGUGAUGCGUAUGCAGCUGCCACUGGCACUGACUACGCUUACCCUUAUGACGCCGCCGCGGGGGGGUACGACGAAACCUAUCAUUACCAAGGCAGCGACAGAAGAAGUCCUUCCAGUAUGAACAGAAGAAACAAGGGUUUUUUCGCGGCUCUGUUCGAGAAAACCUGGGCGACAGUGGAGGAGUACACAAAUUUGACGGGAAGUAGAGGAACAGGAAGAACAAGGACAGGGGCGGCCUAUCAACGCGAUGAAUAUACUAAUCAGGACCUCCACCGCCAAAUAGCAGACCAAAAAUCUUCUUUUGUUGAUCCAGGUCAACAUCAUCAACACCAGCGGUACUAUAACACUUACGAGGACUACGGAUCCUAUGCAGAUGUCGAAGAGGAUGAAAGCGAGGAGCACAGCCCGUAUCAAAUGCAAAAAUGUCUUGGUCUGGAAGAUUGCGAGAUUUGUCAUGCUUGUCUGGCAUGACCAAAAAGUUUGUGAUGCAUGUCUAAGAAGAGACCCUUUUGCCUGUCACGCAAAAACGCAGUUUGUCACGCGAAAAACGCAACACAAAGAAGCGCAGAUAUUUCUCAUGCUUGGCUGUGCAUUACAGAGCAUUCACUAUUCCCAACGCAGCACUACAAGUUUCCAGACCCAGUCAUUUUUGCAUUUGAUAGCCCCUUUAUUUUCGCCACGGGCCAGAACGUCCGCUAUCUCGCAGCAGCCGGCGGUGGUGGAGCUGCCGCUGUCGAAAAACUUGCUGCAGGAGAAAAGAAGAGAGCUGCUCGCGCCGCCCCUGCAUCGCCGGUGGUCCCUCCGCCCGAGGAGGGUUCCGCCGGUGGUGCGUUGUCGAUCGUGGCAGGUGGGGGCGGAAGUAAAAAUGCCGUUGGAGCUGCUUCGGGUCAGGAGGGAGAAGACGCCCAUAACGUGACGCCGCCUGCACCACCGGGACAAAUACCUGCGAAUGCAGCUCCGAAGAAAAAGCUGAAAGCUUCCGGCAUCCGAAAGGGGACGAAAACGGAGGUGAGCCCUUACAGAUUAGCGGAAAGUAAUCAGCAGAUAUCAAAUGCAAAAAUGUCUGGGUCUGGAGGGUUGGAACUUGUGAUGCUAACUUUGGACUCUAAAAGCAUCUGCAUUGCAUGACCGGCAAGAGGAGUCUAGUUUGUGCUACGCAGGGAGGGCUGCAUUUGUCAUGCGGAGUAGGCAUCAAAGCCCUCUAAAAAUUUGUGAUGCUAGGCCGUGCAUUACACACAUCCGGGGUCAUACAAAAUAUGCAUGACAAACCCGGCAACAUUCGAGACCCAGACAUUUUUGCACUUGAUAGCAAAGUUCUUCUAUCAAUCCAAACCCGAACACGGCGCAGGGCGCGAAAGCAGCAAGCUAUGCAACUGUCAGGAUUGAAAUCGUCAAAGUUGAAAUAGUUUAUCAUGCAUAAAAUGCGACGCAGAAACUACCUGUCUUGCAGAGUAGGCAAGGAAGGCAGAUUGUAAGCCUGUUGCGGGGUAGAAAUAGAGCUGGUAAAGUAGCAUGACAAAAGGCGUCUUCCUGACCUAAACAGCAUGACAAACUGGGCUUCGGCUCUACUAAAAUUUGUCAUCCGCCGCUUGGAAAUUAGGCUUCCAACUGGUAUCGGUUUUAGGCAUUACAAGUUAUUUCGACUUUGUCGAUUUCAACUCUGACACAUCCAUACAAGCACGGUCAAGGCUAGUACUAAAACUGUGGCACGGGGGCGGGCGAAGAAGAAGGGCGGGGUGAAGGGCGCUACUCCGUCAAUGUUGAGCAACAACAGUAGAAACGUCGAACAGUCGAACUAUAGUAACUUAUCCGACCACUCCGAUGUUGCGAGUCAACCGUCUACUGGGGGCAACGACCGAAACGCCCGGUCCCUGUCACAAAAGAGCAGCUCUUCUAGUCAGGAAGAGGAGGGACAGGCUAAGAAGAAAAAUGCUUCUCAUAGUAGUAGAGCUGCGCCGGGGGCGGUUGAGAAUAAAACUUCGCAGGCUUCCACUUCUUCCCAGCAACAGCAGUCUGCUUCUCGCGGUCACUCAACUGCGAAGGAGGUGAUGAAUAACAUUCAGGAACGGCGGGAGAAUUUGGAAGCCCGGUCCCAGUUCAACCCGUUGAAAGCCAAAGCAAGUCAGAAGUACACCGCAAAAGCGGUGACCGCGAUCAUUUUCGUCUCCGGGUUCGCAGACCACAACGGCGCGGUGCAAGAGGGAUUGGACAUGUUCUGGCACCUGUUCCGGUUGAAACAGUCGUUGGAGUACUUGUAUCCGGACCACAAGCAUUUGAUCUACGUGAGGAUAUCAACUGUAAAAGUGUCUGGGUCUGGAAGGAUGUCACUUGUGAUGCGCAUUUCAGAACACAGAAAAAUCUCUCAUGCAUAGGUAGCAAAAGCUGCCUAGUUUCUGUCACCAAACUGGGGCGACAUUUGUCAUGCGGAUUUGGCAUUGCGGAAGCUUCUCGAAACCUGUGAUGCUAGAGCUUCCAUGCCAGACCUUCUCUGUCAUGCAAAAAUAGCAUGACUCUUCCAGACCCAGACAUUUUUGCAUUUGAUAGAGGAGGUUUGAGAACCACUUCGACAUUGUGGAUUUCUUCGAUUUAUGCAUUGCAAAAGCUUAUCAUACUAGUUCAAAUUCCAUUACAAAUUUGCUCAGCAUGACAAAGGAAUUUGCAGUGCUGUUUUGGCUUUACAAGGGAGAUUUGUCAUGCCUAGCUGCAAUUUGUAGUACGACUACGAGUCUGAAGAUACUUUUGCAAUGCAUACGAUUUCCAGAGAACGGGGAUGAAGGUCUUGAAGAACCUCGUGUGGUUCGAGCUGCGGAUGCACGGGCACCCAGACAUAUGAAAUGGCACAGCUUUCGUCCCUCCCCCUCAACAUUUGUCAUGCAAAAUACCCAAAAAUCCACCCUUUGCCUCUUGGCACUGUUUGCAUCACAAGUUCUGGUAGCUGCCCAAAUAGCACUACACUCCAGCGCAUCAAAUUUGUCAUGCAAAACCGGCUUUACUUUGUUUUGUUUCCUUAAUUACUUAAUACAUACAUACAAAUGAUGAUGAUGAUGCUUAAGUUAUGGCUGAUUCUUAUUGUUUUAUUUUUCAUUAAGAGGCCUUCCUCGCCACCCGGACGUCCUGCCGGUAGACCACCAAUGUCAUGCAAAACCGGCAUUCUUGCUGAUGCUUGUAUUGCUGUCCAUGCAGUAUACAAAUGAGGGGGAGAGAUAGUUGUGCACUCUCAUAAGAUAUGAUGAAAACGAGUCGGGUGUUGGAAUUAGAGGAUAUGAUUAUCCCCUUCGAAAUGAGCCGCAACGCGGUGAGAGCCCCUUUGGGUAUCCUCUGCAAAAGUAUCGUACUCGUAUUGCAAUCGUGCAUUACAAAUUUUUUUAUCUAGGUAAAUCAGCAUUACAAAUUUACUUUCUCAUGCCUGGGAAAUUUGUCAUGCAUCUAUACAAGUACGAUGCUUUUGCAUUGCAUAUUGGGCGGCUUACCGCAGUGCUGCCAACGGUGUUGCGCCCCCCGGAAGCCGAAACCCGCGAUAUCCAAGGCCAAGCCGCAGGGCGGGGCCGGAGCCGCGCCCAUGUUCCACCACGGGCCGAAAAUGGCGAAUUUUUUGCGGAAGAUGGACGCCAUGGACUUGUACGAAAGCAAGAAAGACGACGCUACGGGGACAAAACUCCAAAUAGAGGAAAAAAGACAUAACAAGGGUGUAGUAGGCGAUAGAAAGAGCUCGAGAACAGACCGUUGGUCGGUGUCCGACCAUAUAAGGCACUCGUUGACUGGCUUAACCCCGGAAGAGGCGGCGCGGAGGGAAAAGGAGAACUUUGUAAAUCGGAAAAUUGAUAAAAAUUGGCAGCCCGAGGUGAAAACCUACACGUGGUGCUGUUGUCUGAAAGGGAGAAACAGACGCUACCACCCCUUCGCCGAAGCCUUGGCGGAACAGCAAAUCGCAAUUCCGACCAUGCAAAAGCAACACAGCUACCGGAUAGAAGAGUCGGUGGUUUACAGGUUGCAUUCGUCCAUCCUCAACGGCAGAACAUCCGAUUUCGCGCCGGACAGAGACACGAGGUCAACGAUGAACCCGAAUUACAAUUCCGCGCCAAGUGUAAUGCAGCAACAGCAACACGAGGGCAAACAGGCUUUCGACAACCGGCAUGCGGACGUGAUUGACCCGACGAGUGAGGCGUUUGAAUCGGACGAAUUCUGGUUCGUCCGAGUUGUUAUGAAAUGCAAAAGCCUCGUUCUAGUAGUAAUCGCAUUACAAAUUUGCUCAGCAUGACCAAUGGCAUUUCUGAUGCUGCUUUACCUUGAAAAAAGAGAUUUGUCAUGCAUAAAUGCGAUUACUACGAGUGCGAUACUUUUGCACAGGAUAGGUGUGAUUCUCCUGUCCAAAUGUAGCAGCCCCGACUACCCGCUGACCAUCUACAACAUGAGUUGCGAGGUGGGAAAAGACCCCCAGAACGGGAUCGCGAUGAACAUGAUGAAAUUGUUCCAGUCGCUAAAUAAAGUGAAGAAAGUUCCCAUCCAAAUGUUCGCCGCCCGGGAGUCUAUCGCACCGAGAAUGCCAACAGAUUUACCCGUUCCCGUUUUAGAAUUCGAAACGGGAUUAGAUGACGGGAGCGAAGAACUACGGGCGAGCCAAAUCGCCGCGGCGAAUUAUAUGAACGCUAGGGCAACUGCUGGGGGAGGGGGUCCUCAAGGUGGUCAACGGCCUGCUCCGACUGCAGUGCACAAAAACCCCUACAAAUUCGUGGUGAAAAAUGCGUUCGCGAGGAAUCCGAAGCAGAUCAAGAAAAACAUCAAGACUUUGAGUGGAAUGAAUGUUGCUAACGGGCAGGCAAGCAAUGGUGCUAGUAAUCCUUCCUCGCGCAGCAUCUACGAGCGGUUUACGAAUUACGAGUCCAUCGAUGCAGACGUGAAGGAUUUUGACUACUUGUUGACUCGGUACUUGUAUCAACUGCAAAUAUGUCUGGGUCUGGGAGAACGGAACUUGUGAUGCUGCAUCUGGAUUGCAAAAAAUCUGUAUUGCAGGAGCAGCAGAGUGAAUGUAUUUUUUGCUGCGCGGACAGGGCAUUUGUCAUGCGGAAUAGGUAUCAAGAAGCCUUCAAAAAAUCUGUGAUGCUAGGGCAUGCAUCACAGACAUCGUGGCUCAUGCAAAACGUGCGUGACAAGUCUCGGAAUUUUCUAGACCCAGACGUAUUUGCGAUGGAUAACUUGAUCAACGAUCAGAAUGAGAUGGACUACCAUUACUGCCGGCAUUAUCAACUGCAAAAAUGUCUGGGUCUGGAAGACUCAUGCUGUUUUUGCAUGACACAGAAGGUCUGGCAUGGAAGCUCUAGCAUCACAGGUUUCGAGAAGCCUCCGCCAUGCCGAAUCCGCAUGACAAAUCCCCCAUUUUGUUGACAGAAAGCGGGCAGCUUUUGCUACCUAUGCAUGACAGAUUUUUCUGUGUUCUGAGAUGCGCAUCACAAGUUCUGACUCUUCCAGACCCAGACACUUUUGCAAUCCAUAGGCAUGUGGAAGUCGUCCCGACGUAGAGGUAGAAGACGACCGCGUGCUCCUGGUGGUGAUCGAAAUAGCAAAUUCAUGUUCGGAAGUAGAACAGAACUUUCACGACCUGGAACAACUCCACAUGGGCGACAAGAAAAAUCGAAUUGGGUACCAUAGCAGUACAAGAAGAAGAAGAAGAAGAAGUAGAACGCGACAUAAUAAAUUUUCUCACUCUAGUACUGUAAACACGCAGGAGAAGUAUACCGCAAUCUAAAUCUUCGCAACAUAGUAAAACCAAAGGAAAAGCGCUUCUGACGAUUGCGCAUGAACAAUUAUCUCGUCCCUAAUUAUCGUUUAUGUACAAUUCAUUUCGAGAAGAUAUCUUAUACGCACAGAAGACACACACAUACUUACACAUUUUUUCAGUUUUAUCGAGAUUGUGCGUCAGCACGUCUUGUUUGAACAUGUAGCGACCU